AUGAUAAAUGCAUUUCGUAUACCUAAAAUCCACAAAGUAAGAGAUAUUUCUUUGUACCCAACAGUAGGAGAGUUUUAUUAAUAUUAGUUGGAGAGUUUUAUAAACUAAACCUAAUAAAUGUGCAAAAUAGUACCUUAAGUUCCAAAUGUAUAAUUAAUCAAUUAAUGUGAAGAAAUAUGCUCAAUAAAAGGAUAUUGUAUAUUAUUAUGUAUAUUAUUAUAGAAUUUAAAUCAAUGUCAUCAAACAAUACACAUUUUGGUACUUUGACUAAUGAUAAUUAAGUAAUUAUAUAUGAAUGGAAGAAUUAAAUGAUUUAAUAAAUAGGUUAAUCUAUGUCAAUUGAUUCUUCAUUUAAUUGUUUUAACAUCAACUUGUCUUUUGAUUUUUCUAUUUUGGUAGAUUGCUAUUAUAACAAUGAAUUCUUUAUAAUUCAAAUAACAAAUGAAUAAUCAAUUAUUGCUUAUUAAAUAUAAUCAUUUUAACCCACUAAAACUAAAAUAUAAUCAAUUAUAAAUGGAACAAAUGCUUUUAUAGUAUAUGCCUAAUACUUUAACAAUUAUUCAAUACUUUCACUGUUAUCAUCAUCAUUUUAAAAUUUAAGUAGUUUAAAUAAUCAAUUUGUCGAUUUUGAUUGCACAACUACAAUAAGUCCAAAUAUUUAUGCAAUUACUUCCCAAGUGAUUUUUUAAUUAUCAAUAUCUCCAGAUGCUUAAUUUCAAUAAAAAACGAAUUUUACCACCUUUGAUUUCCAUUAUUUUAAUACUAUUAGUGUUUAUUACAAUUUAUGGACUUAUUCUUAAUGUGAUCAAAUAUUGUUAUCAUUUAAAUAACCUUAUAGAGGAUAAUGUUCCAGUUUAUUGGGAUGUGAUAAUAAAAUUGUGGUAGCUGAAACUGCUCGCUAUUUAUAGAAUAAGCCUGUUCUAUAAAUGUUCUAAAAUAAUUAAUUUUUAAUUUAUUAGUUUAGUGAUACAAUUUUUAUUUAUGAAUAACUUGCAGGGGAAUUUUAUACAUUUCAAUUAAAUCAGUCAAAUAAUUCUCUAUUAUAUUAGUUGGAAUUAACAUCACCAAUAUAAUUUGCUUUGGCAGUUCAAUCCUCUUAUUUUUAUAUGCCUCUAUUCUAAUAUAAGAAUUCAAUGAUACUUCUUAAAGACAAUUCUAUUUAUUAUAUUCAUAGAGUCUAAUAAUAUUAAAUAAGUGAAGAAGUUUAGAAUGAAAACUUUAACAACUCAAGAACUUAUCCAUCAUUUGUUUACAACUUUAGUGUAACUUCAGUAUUAAAUGACACAGCCUUGUAUUAAACUCCAAAUUAAAGUGUUACUCUAUUUACUAAUUUCACAGUAUUUUAGAAUUUAACUUAUAUACCAUAGAUUAAUCUAAGUAAAGAUAAUAUAAUUCCUCAUACUAAAUAUUUCACAUAUCAAAUGA